AGCAUUCUUUAAACUAGCAAUGUGGGAGGGACUCCAGGAGAGGGGGAGAGAGAGAUGGCUAUCAACUGAAUUCAUUACUGUAAACAUCUCCCUGGGGUGUCAGGCAGGGAGGGGGGAAGAGAGAGAGAGAAAAAAGCACGACUUACAUUAGCAGGGAAUAGUCAGAUCUGGGGCAUCAUAACGGCUAAGAUCAGACUGCAAGCCCAGCUGAAAGCAAGCCCAGGACUAGGAGAGAGAGGGAGACCGACAGACACGCGACUGUUCACACAUAUGUGUCCGGUCCCUCCUGAGACUUCACGGGGUCCUGGGUCUGUGUGGUUCCUCCUCAUGUGAUCCACUCAUCGUCUCCAGCGGAGAAAACGACCAGGCUUGAUCGGGUUCCUUCGGCUUCUCCUUCCCUCCCUUCCUUCCUUUAUUUAUUUGGGGGCAGCGGGAGGGCAGGAAGAGAAGCGCGGAGAGAAAGUGUGCUGGGGAUGCCAGCGCCCUGGGCUGCGCGUUGGAGGAGGAGGUGGAGGAGAAAGGGGGAGGAUGAUGCCGCUGCCUCCUAAGGGAGGAAGGAGAGAGAAGGGGAACGGAGCGCUCCGGAGAGGAGGCUCAGGCAAGCGCCAGCCUGCGGGGAAGGGGAGCCUGCAGGGCGGGCUCGGGCUCCGGCAGCUUUUCGCCCGCACCACAUUGGAUACUGCCAAAGGCGACCAGCACGGCCACCACCAAGGAGAAGCGCCGUCAGCUGCAGCAAAAGUUUUGGUGUGGGGGGCAAAAGGCGCAGAGGGGGAUUAUGAUCGGUGCCGGAGAAGGAUUCCCAGCCCUGCCAGGCUUCUCAGAUCCAUCAUCAAGCUGAAAUGAAGACCUUGGAGGCUGAAGAAAGCUGAGUGCACCACUACGUUGCUUCAGAGAAAGGAACUACUGGUCCAGCCAACCUUUCUCCUGACGACUUUUGGUAGCUUUAAAUUGCCGGUUGCUUACCUUGAAAGACACAGUUAUUGCUUCUUUCAGCACACAUGGAGGAAUGCAGCAAAGUGUGUAAUCCUGGCUAAUCAAACUGUGGCUUUCCUAUGAAGAGCAGAAGGCCAAUCAUAAAAGAAUUAUUUCACAGUUAGCCUCCUGGACUUUACCUCUGACCUGAUCACUGGACACAAAUACAAGCCGAUUCCAACAAUCUGAGUUUUCACUACCUGUUCUUUAUCAUUGUUUUAAUUUCUCUUUCUUUGGUAUUCUGUUUCUUUAAGUUCAAAAUGGGCCUGUGGACGAGAAUGUGGCCCAAAGAUUGGGCUGUUUUCCUGAAAUCCUGGCUCAUAAUUUCCCUGGGGCUCUGCAUGCAGGUCUCCAAAACUCUGGCCUGUCCAAAUGUGUGCCGCUGUGACCGAAACUUUGUCUACUGUAAUGAGCGAAGCUUGACCUCAGUGCCUCUUGGGAUACCGGAGGGUGUAACCGUACUCUACCUCCACAAUAACCAAAUUAAUAAUGCUGGAUUCCCUGCAGAGCUGCACAACGUUCAGUCUGUGCACACGGUCUACCUAUAUGGCAACCAAUUGGAUGAGUUUCCCAUGAACCUGCCCAAGAAUGUCAGGGUUCUUCACCUGCAGGAAAACAACAUUCAAACCAUUUCGCGGGCUGCCCUGGCCCAGCUCCUGAAGCUGGAAGAGCUGCACCUAGAUGACAACUCCAUCUCUACUGUAGGGGUUGAGGAUGGAGCAUUUCGGGAAGCUGUCAGCCUCAAGCUUCUGUUCUUAUCUAAGAAUCACCUGAGCAGUGUACCAGUUGGCCUUCCAAUGGACUUACAAGAAUUACGAGUUGAUGAAAACCGAAUUGCCAUAAUUUCAGACAUGGCCUUCCAGAAUCUCACGAGCUUGGAACGUCUUAUUGUGGAUGGCAAUCUCCUUACCAAUAAAGGUAUAGCUGAGGGCACCUUCAGCCAUCUGACCAAGCUCAAGGAAUUCUCAAUAGUACGGAAUUCACUAUCCUACCCUCCCCCUGAUCUUCCAGGUACACAUCUGCUGAGGCUUUACCUGCAGGACAACCAGAUAACCCACAUACCACUUUCAGCCUUUUCAAACCUCCACAAGCUGGAGCGGCUUGAUAUUUCCAACAAUCAGCUCCGGAUGCUGGUGAAAGGGGUCUUUGAUAACCUCCACAACCUGAAGCAGCUCACUGCGCGGAAUAAUCCCUGGUUAUGUGACUGCAGUAUUAAAUGGGUCACUGAAUGGCUCAAAUUUAUUCCCUCAUCCAUCAAUGUCCGGGGUUUUAUGUGCCAGGGACCAGAACAGGUCCGAGGUAUGGCUGUCAGGGAGCUCAAUAUGAAUAUGUUGUCAUGCCCCACCACCACUCCUGGUCUGCCACUUAUCACCCCAGCCCCUGCUACUAUCUUGCCAACCACACUGGUUCCCACUUCAUCAGUUCCAACUCCAAGUGAUAAAUACAGUCCUCUCCCACCCAUCACAUCCACACUCCCCACUGUGCCUGACAGGGAGGGCGGAGAAAUGGUGACACCUCCCAUUUCCGAAAGGAUCCAACUCUCCAUCCAUUUUGUGAAUGACACUUGCAUCCAAGUCAACUGGCUGUCCCUUUUUACCGUGAUGGCAUACAAACUCACAUGGGUUAAAAUGGGCCACAGCCUGGUAGGGGGCAUUGUCCAGGAACGGAUAGUAAGUGGUGAGAAACAACACUUAAGCUUGGUGAAUCUUGAACCCAAAUCCACUUAUCGGAUUUGUUUGGUUCCACUGGAUGCUUUUAAUAAUUACCGAGCUGGAGAAGACACUGUCUGUUCAGAAGCCACAACCAAGGCUUCCCACUUAAACAAUGGCAGCAACACAGCCUCCAGCCAUGAGCAGACGACUUCUCAGAAUAUGGGCUCCCCCUUUUUGCUGGCAGGCUUGAUUGGGGGUGCAGUGAUAUUUGUUCUUGUGGUCCUGCUCAGCAUCUUUUGCUGGCACAUGCAUAAAAAGGGGCGCUACACCUCCCAGAAGUGGAAAUACAACCGGGGCCGGCGGAAAGAUGACUAUUGUGAGGCGGGGACCAAGAAGGACAACUCCAUCCUGGAGAUGACGGAAACCAGCUUCCAGAUUGUCUCCUUAAAUAACGAUCAGCUCCUUAAAGGAGAUUUCAGACUGCAGCCCAUUUAUACCCCAAACGGGGGAAUUAACUACACAGACUGCCACAUCCCCAACAACAUGCGAUACUGCAACAGCAGUGUCUCAGAUCUGGAACACUGUCAUACGUGAUAGUGAGGGGAAAGCGAGAUGCAUAGAACUACGAGCAAAAACUCUGGAAAAAAAAUACACACACACAAAAAUUACAUUUGAUAAAUGUUACACAGAUGCAUUUGUGCAUUUGAAUACUCUGUAAUUUAUACGGUGUACUAUAUAAUGGGAUUUAAAAAAAAAGUGCUAUCUUUUCUAUUUCAAGUUAAUUGCAAAUGGUUUUGUAACUCUUUGCUUUUUAAAUCUUUAAAAAAAAUAUUGCUGAAGUACUGUACAGGGUUGUACAAUAAGAACCCAAUGCCAUGGCAAAGGAUAGAGAGACUCAUUCUUCAAACAUUAACCACUUUGCUGUCGAAGCUGUCUGAAGGAUGUAGGUCCCUAGAUAGUCCUGUAGUAUGGGACAUAAGUGUUCAUUAAAACAGGGUCACUAGGGAUGGGCAAAGCCAGUUCUGAUAAAAUGAGUACAAUCCUCUCACCCAAACUCAUAAUGAACUUCUACUGAGGUUCAAACAAGUUGGAGUAACUCUGUUCCCCAUUUGUCACUCUCACCUGUCUCUGUAUUUCCUGGUUCCACCUAGAAGUGGGAGUUCUGAAGUGCUACCAGAGAGGCUGUUUCAGUGGUGGGUUUUUUUUUUUCUGAUAUGGAUGAAAACAAAAAAGCAUCAGACACUUUCUGCAAGAUUUAGAGUUCUCUGUAUUCUAUUCAUAAGAGCUAGUCAGAAAAUGGUCCCAAAAUAUCAGAUACAUUUUCAUGAGAAUUUUUUCCCCAUUUUUCAUUAACAUUAAGAAGUUUUACACAUUUUCUAACCAACUUCAAUGAGAAAUGAGGGUGCUCAUCAGCUAUCAGGUGGCUCUCAUCAGAUCACAUGACCUUCUAAGAGAGCAACUUUGGCAGAACUAGCAUGUUCAGUUAAGGCCUGGACCUGUGAGAUGCUGAGUGCCGUCAACUCCUAUUGACAUCAAAUGUCCAAAUCCUAUAGGAAUUGCUAUGCCUUAAUGGCAAUAUACCUAUCCAAAUCACUGAAAGCCUCAUCCAAAAAUCCAAUGAGAUCCAUGGAAAGACUUCCACUGGCUUCUGUGGAUUUUGGAUUAGGCCCUGAUCGGUUUAAUGGCCUGAAUAAAGUUCAGUACAGAGAACUAGGAAGAAGCUACCUGGCAAGUGAGAGAGCUUUUGUUUGUUUGUUUUGUUUUUUGAAAGGCUCUCAGACCUGCUAUGAACUGAAUUAACUUCAGUGAAAUAAUCACAUCAAAUUCCUAUUGUUUUAGGUGAAUGGCGAUAGGCACUAACUAAACAUUUGGUGAGUUGAGGGAUUUGCAUGGAUACUAGUCCAUGCUGCCCCUUUUACUCUCCCUUCUUCAAUCCUUAGUCUUUUGGCCACUUUUUCAACAAUGAUCUGUGCUUUAAAAGUAGUAUCUGGGCCUAGAUUUUGCUGUCUUCUGCCCUCAACUCUUCAGUUGGAAUCAAUUCUGCAUCCCUGGGCUUGACACAGAUUGUAUGGAACAUCAUGCUUCUACUAAAAUCAUGAUGUUGCUCGGAAAGUUACAUAAGGUUCCAGCAACUCCUGACUCCUGUGCUUGCCAAAAGCUCUGGUUCUCUUGCCAGUUCAGUGAUGGAUUUUUAUUCUUCUUUUUUUUUUUUUACACUUUGGCGCACUCUGUCUCCUGAGCCUAGGGAACACACACAAGUUCACAACAAAGAGGAAGAAGACCACACAAAUAUCAGUAAGCCCCUCAUACAAAAAGCUCACAGGGCUUGUUUUCUAACAUUUUU